AUGCGUGUCAAGCAAAUUUGGGUUUACUUUCCACUGCCAUCGAAGGCAAAGCUGGUGUGGAAUCGCCUCACCUUUUCGAAACUGACGACUGCAUACUUCGUAUUCUCUGUCAUACAUUGUGUAGUCCAGCUUGCGCUUCAAGCCCGAGCGUUCACCAUCAAUGCAACAUCAGCCAAUUUUCUUUUCGACAUUUCGCUGACGGCCCAUGCUUUUAAUAGCAGUGUUCCUUACCUUGCUGGUUCCCGGCUCUUUCUUUGUCCUGAUGUUCCCACUGCUCUCAAUUUUGAUACCGGAAAGUGCAACAUUGUCUGGAAUGGAACUGCAGUCCAUAAUAAUGUCACGACCGCUGACCUUGCCGCGAUCCAAACGAGUAGCAGUUCAUUGGUCGUUUCUUCAUCGUCGACAUCUGUUGCGCCUGCGUCGUUAUCUUCAUCUUCUGCUUCCUCUAUCCCUUCAUUCACAUCUGCUACUCCCAGUAGUACCACCUCAGCCACCCAUGUUGCUAUCGUCAAGACUGUUAGUGUCACUCAGGUAGUGCACGUUACGGAAACUCCCACUAGUCAACCUGCCAGCACGGUUGGAGAAGAUAAGGACGAUGAUUCCGCUCACGUUCAGCACAGGCGACAAAAUCCGAACCUGGAGAUCACGGUUACCCAACAGGCUGAUUCUCUUCCUCCUCAAGUCAAUAUUUCUCUCCCCAACCAACCCAACACUCUGGCUACGUUAAGCUCUAACUGUUCUUGGUCUCUGAAUUAUCCAGUUUCUGUUCUCGACAAUACCAAACGGGAGGAUGUUGUUUUCAUGUCAUUUCAAAUCUGGGUGCUGGGCAUGUCCCUUGUCGCACUACUCAACGAAUCGAUCCCGCACAUAAUUGCGUCGCUCUUGACCCACGCCCUGGCUACAGGAUGGGCGUCCUACCAGAUCGUGAAUACGAGAGGUUUUGAGCGCGACUUUGCUAGGGUCAUCACGCACGGUGCUUGUAGCGGUGUACCUCAACUGUUGGGCGGAUACUGGACAACGCGCCAGGACGCCGAGUACGCCAGUCUUGCGUUGAACGUUGUAGCGCUGCUUGUAUCCAUCAUCCUCAGCUGGAAGCUAUUCAAGACUUUUGGAUGGCAAACCUUCAAGCGAGUCGGUGCAUCCUUGACCAUCAAUCGAAUCUACAAGCUUGUUCUCGUCCUUUCUAUCGUCUUACAAUUAUCUUUCUUCUUCAUGGGGGCAACCGUGGGCUUAUGGAUCGACAGUUUGAUCAAUGGCGUAGGUGCUGAGCAUGCUGACCACAUCGUGCUCUAUCGAGCCACGGCAUUUGCGACGAUGUUUCUAUUGCUUCCUUGGGUAAGCACUGGCUACAUCGGAGCGCGCAAGGAGUUGCGUAUUCCAAUGAUCGCAUUUUUGCUCUUGUCGAUUCUCUAUUUGGCCGCUUGGAGCUUAAUGUUUUUGGCCAAUACCUUCCGUUGGGAGUUCUGGAGCUGGCGUUUCUUCAGCUUAAUGGCGACUUUUUCAGUAGCCUUGACUGUCUUGGCAUUCAUUCUGGGCAUCGUCUGUUGUCUCAACUUCGGGAAAGGUCUUCUUCGCUAUCUCAACGCUCAGGAACCUCUUCCUGGUGACGAUUUCACUCCCGUAAAUUAUGGUUCAGACCCAGAGAAGGUCGAAUUCCCCUCAAACCAACAACCCAUCCCGACGUUCUCUGCCGCCUUUGGGAAAGGGAACGAAGUUCCAGUUCCCAACCAGAUGUUCCCGUCGCAAAUGGGUCCUAGAUUCUUCAGGUCUACAGAACCAUUCGAUUCGCGAAGUGUCUCGCCUAUCACAACUCCUUCAAUGGCAUAUACACGUUCUUCCAAUAUGCAAGGGAAAAGGUGGAUCAUUGAGUAG